AUGAGCUUCGCUUUGACCAGGCGCCAGCUCCGCGAACUCGGCUACCUCAUUGCCGCAGGAGGCAUUGCCCUCGACGAUGAUCUUAUGGCCUUCUAUAUCGAUGAGAUGGCCCGCCGUGCCGCCCAACGGGCCGAGCGCCGUCAUCGCCGUCGGAUCCUUCGUCGGUUGAUGCGCCGCAUCUUCCUGGCUGCGCUCGGAACGGCAGUCACCCGCCACCAGAACCGCCAAGCUCGUCAUGGUUACGGCAGAUAG